AUGGGUAUCGAUUUGAAGACACACCACCAACGGGCUAGCCACCGAAAGGCACCCAAGAGCGACAACCCGUACCUUGCCCUCUUGGUCAAGCUCUACAGAUUCUUGGCUCGCCGAACCGACUCCAACUUCAACAAGGUCAUCCUCCGACGUCUCUUUAUGUCCAAGAUCAACCGCCCACCAGUCUCCCUCUCCCGCAUCAACAGACUCGUUGGACAGGAACAAACCAAGACUGAGGGAAAGACCGUUGUUGUUGUUGGUACCAUUACCGAUGACAACCGUCUGUUGCAAGCCCCAAAGAUCACCGUUGCCGCUCUCCGAUUCACUGCCACUGCUCGUGCCCGUAUCGUUGCUGCCGGUGGUGAGGCUCUUACUCUCGACCAGCUCGCCCUGAGAGCCCCAACUGGUGCCAACACCCUCCUCCUCAGGGGCCCAAAGAACUCCCGAGAGGCUGUCAAGCACUUCGGUUUCGGCCCACACAAGCACAAGAAGCCAUACGUUCAGUCGAAGGGCAGGAAAUUCGAGCGUGCCCGUGGUCGCAGAAGGUCGAAGGGUUUCAAGGUCUAA